AUGUUCGGCCGUCCAUCGCGGUCGUACGCUGCGGUCAAUCAUGAUCAGGACGGGCUGAGUAGCGUGACCAACACUGCGCCAUAUACGUCCGGGUCGAAGCGUGUGGAAGGAGGAUUCAAGACGUACCGACCUCCCCUUAGCGAGACGCACGGCAAGCGCACUAUUCACUCCCACGACCCCAAUCCCAACUCCGCGUUUGCCCCUCUUCCCCCUGCGUUCCAACUCCAACUCCACCGAAACAAGAAGGACAUUGCCCGUCUUGGCCAAGCGGCAGAGCUCGACCGGAUCCUCGACCCCGACUACAAGACCACCAUCCCCUCGCACGUACACGAUGGGACCAACGGCGAGUCGUCAUCUAUGGGUGCAUCCCGGUCGAACCGAGGCGGCAGUAUUCUCUCCCGUCAUUCCAACGGGAACGGAACGACCGGACUAGGGAUCAAGUCGACUGCGUCGCUCGGCAACUUCAAGUCGGCGAUGAAUCUCGGCGGGAAGAAGGGACCAGUGUACAUGGAUGGGAAGGGACGGAUGCACGAUACGGAAUAUGAUCCGUUCAAGGGUGUAUCAGAGGCGAGUCGGAAGAACUCGAGGAGGCGGUCCGCGUUCGGCUCGGAUAGGCGGCAUGGGAGCGGGAGCUCUUCCGGGUCUUCGGCGGGCAGUGAGGCGGGGGACGGGACGUCGGAGCAUGCCACGUCUGCGGGAGGGGGAGGGCGGAAGAGUGUAGAUGGGGGAAGGGAAGAAGAGGAGGCGAGGCGCAGAGCAGAGCUGGAGCGGAGAAGGCUGGAUGAAUUGUCGGGGAUUGCGAUGGCGAGACGGAGGAGUAUGAUGUCUGAGCGGAGCGGAAGGGGGACGCCCAGUCUACGCUCAAGCGAGGAUGGCGGGUCCAUGUCGACCAACCCUCACGAGCAGGGACGGUAUGGCGCGGGUCUCGGAACCCAGCGGACCCGGAGUCAACAGGGCGGUAUAUACUAUUACACCCCGUCUCCGCUUUCACCGACGUUCGAGAGUGGACAUACGGACUCGCCUCUUCCCGUCCCGGACACCCCUGCGCUCUCAGUCACCACCUCUCGCGCACGGACCAAUACCACCUCGGACGGGGGAGACGACCAUCCUCGCAAAGUCACCGAAUCGACCCUUGCUCCUCCUGGAACAUCGUCGCCUCCUCCCCCGCCCCCUCUGUCUCCUUUCCCAAGGCAUAAAUCGCCCUCCAUGACGCGCGAGCCGACCAAGGAGAAGAUCGAGAUCCGCUCGGACGGGUCCAAGAAGAUUACCGGGUUCGACGCGCCCUCGUCCCCUAUGCCGCCGUCCUACCCCACCUCCACCACCCCGCUGCAGCAGCCCAACCAGGCACUCGACGUCCCCUUAUCGGCCAAAUCGGGGCAGUCUCGCGGCUCCCGCGGCUCGUCCGACCGGGAACAGUACCGGGACCGCGAGCGCGGGGACGGGGAAUCCAUGAUAUCUCAAGCGCGCAGACCCAAGCCCGCCGAGCGGCCAAGAGAGGAACUUUUCCCCGAGACCCCGGCGCAAGCCAAGAAGCGAGAAGAGAGGGAACGUCGAGCGGGCCGGACAACGUCCUCUGCGCGCGUCCCAUCCUCCACUCGCGGUCUGGCGACCGACUCGCCACUCACGGGAACGAGCACCCGCCUCCUCCCCGAAAUCCAGAUCGUGGCGGAUGAUGAUCCGCGUAUCGUCUUCAACCCGUCUGGGGCGGUCACGCGGGUACAGACGGUACAUGAUCAUGUGAUCCGGGGACCGUUCUCGCUUGCGCUCCAGGCGCAGGGACAGGGGCUGGCGAGGAUCCCGUCGGGCGGAUCGAGGAAUGGGUCGAGGGCGGGGAGUCCAGGACCUGGCGGUGGUGCAGGAGAGAUCGGGCCGGAUGGGUUCCCUAUAUUUGGGCCAGGUGCAGGAGGUGGAGGUGGAAGUCGUCGGCCGUCCUCGGUCAAAUCCACGCCGUUCUCGCUUACGGGCAGCGCGAGGGGGAGUGGGGUGAUCGAGGAGGGUCAAGGAGGGUAUUUGCCGUCGAGAUGGGCGAAUGGGGAUAGGCGGCUCCGGACGACCGAGGAGAGUAAGGAGGCGUAUAGGCCGAAAGAAUGGGGUGGGAAACAUGGGGAUUUGGGUGGGAGGCAGGAGGAGUGGAAACCCGAUGCUAAAGAGCAGUUCAAGCGACAGUGGAAGGAUAUGCAGACGAAUGCGAGGUUUUCGCUCUUCCGCGCCAAGAAGAAGCUGGAACGCAAGGUGUAG